AUGGCCGGCCGCAACAACAACAAGCUGCCCAGCAACCUGCCGCAGCUGCAGAACCUGAUCAAGCGGGACCCGCCUGCUUACAUCGAGGAGUUUCUUCAGCAGUAUCGCCAUUACCAGUCCAACGUGGAGAUAUUCAAACUGCAGCCAAAUAAACCCAGUAAAGAGCUGGCUGAACUGGUGAUGUUCAUGGCUCAGGUUGGCCAUUGCUAUCGUGAACAUCUUGCGGACUUUCCGCAGCAGUUGAAGGAUCUGCUGUCCUACCAUCACACGAUGUUGGAUGCUGAUCUUCGAAUGACUUUCUGCAAAGCCCUAAUCCUCUUGCGAAACAAAAAUCUGAUUAACCCCACGAGCCUGCUGGAACUUUUCUUCGAACUCCUCCGCUGUCAUGAUAAAUUUUUACGAAAAACGUUGUACAAUCACAUUGUUACCGACAUCAAGAACAUCAAUGCGAAACACAAGAAUAACAAAAUGAACACAACGCUCCAGAGUUUUAUGUACACGAUGCUACAAGACAGCAACCCAACUGCAGCCAAGAUUUCUCUGGAUGUGAUGAUAGAGCUGUACAGGAGGAACAUCUGGAAUGAUGCCAAAACAGUGAACGUGAUCACCACAGCCUGCUUUUCCAAAGUCACCAAGAUAUUAGUUGCUGGCUUGAAAUUUUUCCUUGGCAAAGAUGAAGAUGAAAAGCAAGACAGUGAUUCGGACUCAGAGGAUGAUGGCCCCACAGCAAGAGACCUAAGGGUGCGAUACUCCACCGGAAGGAAGACCACCAAGAACAAGAAGAAGCUGGAGAAAGCCAUGCGAGUCUUAAAGAAACACAAGAAGAAGAGGAAGCCGGAAGUGUUCAACUUCUCAGCUAUUCAUUUAAUCCACGACCCGCAAGACUUUGCAGAGAAAUUGCUAAAACAACUGGAGGCCUCAAAGGAAAGAUUUGAAGUGAAGAUGAUGAUGAUGGAACUUAUCUCUAGACUCGUCGGGAUCCAUGAGCUUUUCCUCUUCAACUUCUAUCCUUUUGUACAAAGAUUCCUGCAACCGCACCAGAGAGACGUUACCAAGAUUCUGCUCUUUGCCGCGCAAGCUUCUCACCAGCUGGUACCCCCGGAGAUUGUCCAAUCGGUGAUGAUGACGAUAGCCAACAAUUUUGUCACAGACAAAAAUUCUGGGGAAGUGAUGACUGUCGGGAUUAAUGCUAUCAAAGAAGUGUCGGCCAGAUGCCCACUUGCCAUGACGGAGGACCUGCUGCAAGACCUGGCACAGUACAGAUCUCACAAAGAUAAAAACGUAAUGAUGUCAGCAAGAACGCUGAUACAGUUGUUCCGGUCGCUGAAUCCACAGAUGUUGCAGAAAAAAUUUCGGGGUAAACCAACAGAAGCCACCUUGGAAGCCAAAAUUCACGAAUACGGGGAGUUGAAUGCCAAAGACUAUAUUCCAGGAGCCGAAGUCCUGGACCUUGAGACCAAGGAAGAAGAUGGACAACGUGAAGAAGAUGGCUGGGAGAGUGCCAGUUUGAGUGAGGAGGAUGAAGAUGGAGAAUGGAUUGAUGUCCAUCAUUCCUCGGAUGAGGAGCAGCAAGAGCUGGCUGCGAAAGUCAAAAGCAUGCCUGUGGAGGAGAGGAAGGCUAAAGCAGCGGCCGUCAGCACUAGCAGGCUUCUCACCCAGGAAGAAUUCCAGAAAAUACGCCUUGCCCAGCUAAGCAAAGAACUCAACUCUGCACCCGGCAAAGCUGCAAAGAGGAAAAACAUUGACCUAGACAGCGAAGAUGAAGCAAGGGGAGAACUGCUUUCCCUCAGGGACAUCGAGCGGCUUCAUAAGAAGCCCAAGUCGGACAAAGAGACGAGAUUGGCCACAGCGAUGGCUGGCAGGACAGACCGAAAAGAAUUCGUGAAAAAGAAAAUGAAGUUGAAUCCGUUCGCCAGCUCCACUAACAAAGAGAAGAAGAAGCAGAAGAACUUCAUGAUGAUGAGAUACAGCCACAAUGUCCGGACCAAAAAUAAGCGUUCGUUCAGGGAGAAGCAGAUGAGAGAUAACAUUUUCCAGUGGCGCGCUAGGACAGAAUUAAGUGAAGCGUCUAGUGCCGCCGUCUCCAUCCUUUUUGAGCCUGUGGGCACCUUUGGCAUUCUGACACAGCACGGAGGGGCACUGCCAGAGAACGGCUGCCGCUGGGGGCACAAAAUGGCUGCCCCAGCUUUUAUUCAGCCCCACUGUGAAGAUCCUUUUGCUAUGGUGUUGGCUUUGCGGGAUGCCCUCCUGAAGAAGCGGAAAAGGCUGGUAAAGUAA